AUGAAGGAAUACUCGGAUGUCAUCCUCUGCAUGGAGGCGACAGAACUGAGCAAGACCGAGUUCUGCAAUCCUGCCUUCGAGCCCGAAGCUGGGCUACCCGGCCCUUCACCAGCCCUCCGGCAGGACGCCAGCCACAACAUCCAAGCUCCCUGGCAUGGCCGGCGUCCCAGAGGGCUGCAGCCAGACUGCCACUUCUCCUGGCUCUGCGUCCUCCUGCUCGCCAGUCUGCUGCUCCUGCUACUUGGGCUGCUCGUGGCCAUCAUCCUGUCCCAGUUGACGGCUGCACCCCCACCUGGGGCCACCAAGAGCCCACUGCCUGCCCAAGGCCUCACCACUACUACUACCCCAACCACCAGCACCAGCACCACCUCCCCAGCUACCACAGGGCAGCAGGGGGCAGACACGAGCCCCACACACCAGGCCACCUGUGGGGGCCUCCUUCCUGGUCCAAGGGGCUUCUUCAGCAGCCCCAACUACCCAGAUCCUUACCCACCCAAUGCCCACUGCGUGUGGCACAUCCAGGUGGCCACUGACCAUACGAUACAGCUCAAGAUUGAAACCCUCAGCGUGGAGGGCGUGGCCGCCUGUCUUUUCGAUCGCUUGGAAAUCUCUCCUGAGCCUGAAGGGCCCCUCCUCAGGGUGUGUGGGAAGGUGCCUCCCCCGACACUGAACACCAACGCCAGCCGCCUCCAGGUGGCCUUCGUUUCUGACAGCAGUGUGGAAGGAUCUGGUUUCCAGGCCUGGUACCAAGCUGUGGCCCCUGGGCACGGGAGCUGUGCCCACGAAGAGUUCCACUGUGACCAGCUCGUCUGCCUGCUGCCUGACUCAGUAUGUGACGGUUUUGCCAACUGUGCCGAUGGCAGUGACGAGACUAACUGUAGUGCCAAGCUCUUGGGGUGUGGGGGGAAUCUGACCGGGCUGCAGGGCACCUUCUCCACGCCCAGUGACCUACAGCAGCACCCUCACCAACAGCUUUGCACCUGGCAUAUCUCCGUGCCUGUUGGACAUGGCAUAGAACUCCAAUUCUGGAACUUCAGCCUGGAAGCACAGGACGAGUGCAAGUUUGACUAUGUGGAGGUGUAUGAGACCAGCAGCUCAGGAGCCCUCAGCCUCCUGGGCAGGUUCUGUGGAGCAGAGACACCUCCACAUCUCGUCUCCUCGCAUCAUGAACUGGCUGUGCUCUUCCGGACAGACCAUAGCAUCAGCAGCGGGGGCUUCUCCGCCACCUUCAAGGCCUUCAAUGCCACAGAGAGUAAGUACCCCUGGGCGAGUGGAAAGUUCUUGUGCCAGAAUGGAGGGUGUAGGGAUCUGCAGUGGAUGUGUGACUUGUGGAGAGACUGUAUAGAUGGCAACAAUGACAAGAACUGCAGCAGUCCCUUGCUCCCACCCCCAGAGCUGGCCUGUGAGCCUAUCCAGGUGGAGAUGUGCAUCGGUCUGAGUUACAACACCACGGCCUUCCCUAACAUCUGGGUGGGCAUGGCCACCCAGGAGGAGGUGGUAGAUGUCCUCAGAGGCUACAAGAGCCUAACAAGCCUUCCCUGCUACCAGAAUUUUCGGAGGCUCCUUUGUGGGCUGCUUGUGCCCCGCUGCACCCUGCUGGGCAGUGUCCUUCCCCCUUGCCGCUCUGUCUGCCAGGAGGCAGAGAGACAGUGCCAAUCUGGCCUGGCACUACUGGGCACCCCCUGGCCCUUCAACUGCAACAGGCUGCCUGAGGCAGCUGGUUUGGAAGCCUGUGCACAGCCCUGA